CUUCUCUUUCUUCCCAACAUGCUCAUGGCUCCCGUCUGCGAAGCUCCCCAUCUUCACAGGCGGCCAAUCCAGCAAUAAUACGGCAAUUGAGUGUUGCCAUAACCAGCACUUCUGAAACCAUGGCUUCUGCUAAUUACGUAUGCCUCCCGACGUGUUGUGCGUGCGUGGUUGCUUGGUUUUAACGGAAGCAGAUGUCUCCCACUUCCUCGACAACAACGCCAACAUGGCACCAGUUUGAGCGGAAGGUUGAUGAGGUAAAGCCAUCCAAGACUGACAUUAACUAUCUCGUUAUGGACUACCUCAUUACCAAUGGAUAUCCAACCGCUGCGAAGAAGUUCGCUUCAGAGGCCAACAUCCAACCCAGGGCGGAUGUAGAGGCUAUUCAAGAAAGAGUAGAAAUUCGCACUGCCAUUCACUCGGGGGAUAUCCAAGCUGCGAUCGAAAAGAUCAACGAGCUGAAUCCACAGAUCUUGGAUGAAAAUCCACCCCUGCAUUUUGCACUCCUACGUUUGCAACUUGUGGAGCUGAUUCGCUCGUGCACAUCUAAACCUGACGGAGAUAUCACUCCUGCCCUUGAGUUUGCGACAUCGCAACUCGCACCCCGGGCUCCCACAAACCCUCAGUUCUUGGAAGAUCUUGAGAGGACGCUGGCGCUCCUCAUCUUCCCCACUGAGAACCUUACACCUGCUCUAGCUCCUCUCCUACAUCCUGACUUGCGUAAAGAUAUAGCCACUAGCGUGAACGAAGCUAUCCUGCAGAAUCAGGGCGCUCGUAAAGAAGCCCGGUUGCGCAAUCUGGUCAAGUUGCGUGCCUGGGCGGAACAAAAGGCCCGUGAAGCUAAGAAGGACAUCCCGGAGAAACUAGAUUUGGGCCUCAGCGAUAAUAACACCCAGGGUCAUAACGGCGCAUCUAACGAUACUUUGAUGGCCAAUAACGGAGACGUUGAUCCAAUGAUCUCUUGAUAGAUUUGGCCAGCGGGCUCGGCUAAUCAUACUGUAGUGCGAUAUCACGACCCAUUUUUAUGACUGUUACCACCGGCGUUGCCAACUAUAGCGAGGUGUUUGGCGCAGAUACACAUUGGCCAAGACAAUUCCCUUGAUACUUUUGUAGCAAACUUAUCUUAAUACAAAGUUACUACCGUUAGAUCUCAAACUCACAUUGCAAUCUCAAUUGUUGAUGUUCUA